UGAGUCGUCGGAUGCCGUGGGGUGUGCACUGAGUUUGGUAUAGUGUAUUCCGCGUCGUGUAGUACCAGUCUUCGAGCGAUAUCAUCGUUCCCCAUCAAAGCGGCCGGCGUAGACGAGGCAUACGAUCUCAAGUGUUCGUUAAUAUACGCCGCACUUGGACACAAAGCGGUGCGUGAGCCGUCUCGCGCAAAUAUUAGCCGAGAAGUCUCGCCUCCAGACAGAAAAGAUGAAGCGAGCUGUCGACUGAAGUCUCGAUCCACUGAAGACAAGUAAAGCGCGGGCGAGAGACAGGAGACCAAAGGAAGCGAAGCGCUGAUGUUUCGAGUGUUUAACGUUCCCAGGUAAACGCGUCCCCGGCAGAGCGCCGUGUUUGACAGCAAACAAGCGGCGGAUACGCUCGCCUUCCGUCGUGAAGAGUUCCGAGAGCAUUUUGUCCCGCGGUUCGAGCAUCGGUGCAUUGUUUGCCAUUCGCCGGCGAUACGGUAUACCCGGGCUGCCGCGAAUCACAUUUGUGCUGAAUCACAUUUCGUCGCGACCGUUACAAGUGCGCGCGAACGCCGUCGAAUUCGCGCCUCGGCAAGUUCAGAGUUUUAGAGUUUUCGGAGUGGCGCACUGCGACCACCAACUUUGGUGCGGUGUCAUUACGCAGCGACUUCACGUGUCUCACUGCCAUUUUGCGUACAACAAGUCGUUGAAAUCGCGAGUUCAAGUCGUGGAUUCCGGAAAGACGCUCGUAUGACGCGGACUGCGAAUUGCCGACGAUUCGGUGUGAAUUGCGAGCUUCGAUGGCGCGACGAUGCGCGUAUUAUCGCGAAAACUGGUGCGGACGGUGGUGAAUUCGACAGCGUGACGUCGUGAAUCUCACGCGACACGGAUUGCGAGUCUCGGGCGAAACGCCGAGUUUCGAAGGAAACAAAUCGCGAAGUAUCGUAACGCGGUGUGCGCGAGUGUAUCGGAGUGUUUGAUUAGACGAAUCAGAGUGGUGAAUAAUGAACGCGAAAAUGAGGAUUUCGACGGUUAUACACGCUAUCGUUGCGCUCGCGGUGCUGUCGACGAUCGGCCACGGCAACGAGUUGAAGGAUUAUUGCUCGAUACACAAGUUCGAUCAUCUACCUGGUGGCCUGAGGUUCACGAAGGAGGUCGUUACCACGGAGUAUGCCAACGUGGGUGCGUUCAAGGCUCUUCACUGCUGCCUCAAGGGAUACCGGAGCAUCGAAUGGUACAAGGAUAACAGGGCUUACCCCUGGCCGGGCGGAGAGAGCAAUUUUAUCCUGUAUCCCGAGAGCGCGAAUCAAACGAUCUACACACAGGAGAUGAGAGCCUCGGAUGCGGGACGAUACUCCUGUCAAGCGCGUAACGACACAACCACUCUGGAGGGUGACAUCACUCUCGCUGUGAUCGAUGAAGAAUCCGGCAUCUACACGGGAAAACCUCUGCCCACGUAUAGACCAGCGUCGCAGCUGGUACCCAUGGGAGGCGCGGCAAGGCUCUUCUGCGAGGCCUACAUAGGCAAGAGCAAACUACCCGACGCCAAGUGCUCCGUCAUUUGGUCCAAGAGCGACAGCAACAUGACGCUGCCCAGUCACGGGAGAAUAGCGCAGCACAGAGUGUCCCGGGAGAGCGAUCAGAUAAUCGGCUCCUAUUUGGAGAUCCAGGAUGUCACUCUCGAGGAUUACGGCGAAUAUAAAUGCGAAGUCAGCAACGGCAUCGACAAGGAGAUCACUUUACCCGCUCACGUGUACCGACAAGAACCGCAGUUUAUGCUGAGCCUUCCGAACGGAUCCUGGCGGAAAUCGCUUCCUGCGGUCCUCGUCAUCCUGCUGCUGCUAUCAGCUGGCGCCUUUUACGCACGCUGUUGGCUGCCACUUGCAUUACUCUGCAGGGACAAGUUCGCCCGUCUCGAGGAAAACGACGGGAAGGAAUGCGACGCGCUGGUGUGCUACCACGAGAAGGACUCGAGCCUGGUGAUCGGUAUCGUGAUACCCACGCUGGAAUCCAGGCAUCGAUACAAAUGCACGGCGCUGGAGCUGUCCCAUCUGAAUCACAAUUGGAGCCUGGAGAUCGGCCCGCACGCCGCCACGGCUCGACGAGUCAUCGUCGUGCUUAGUCCGGCUUCCUUGGGCAACAUUUGGACGGACGCAAGUGUGUGCACGGUGCUGAAGCAGCUGUCGUCGUUGUCCACGCGGACGAUCGUCGUCGCGCUGAAGGGGUUGCCCAGCACGACGGCGACGAUUGCGAAGCGCCGGGACACCGGCGAUAUCUGCCUCGAUCGGUUGACGAUCCUGCGUUGGCAAGAAGGCUGCGGCAGCGAUAGCGGUGGCGGCGGUGACGGAACUGCGGCCGGUAGCGGUGGUCGGAAAUUCUGGUACAAACUUAGACUGGCGAUGCCGGCGAUACGACCGGUCGCGUCCGAGAGCGGCUGCCAGUCGGUCGCCAUGAUAGUGCAGGCAAACGGCAAGUGCGGACAGCAGAAGGCUCGCUCGCGCGAGAGCCUGGAGGUCCUCGUUUAAGGCGAGACUUGGUCCUCGCAUUCGUCCCCGAACUGAGAAUCCUGCGAGAUCCUGCCACUCUUGAUUUCCGCGAGCCGAUUUUCGAUCCUGACACGAGUCCUUAACACGCGACGAGGUCUCGAGGUCCUUGUUUCAUCAGCUGCGUCCGCUCGUCCUGAUUCGAAGAUCCCACGAGGAAGAUUCGUUAUCCAUGAUUCUUGAUGUUCGAUGGACUGCGAGGCGACCUCGAUUUCGGCAAUCAAAUUUUGCACGAGAAAACCUCGAAGCUCCUCGUCCUAGGACCUCUUCGUCCCGACUCAAGAAUCCCGCGAGAAAGAUUCUUCGUCCGCGUUGGUGAUUUUGGUGAAAAAAUCGCGAGGCGAUGUCAGUUUUGGCGAUUCGAAUUUCGUGCGAAAAUCUCGGGUCUUCAUUCAGAAAUUUUAUCCUUUACUUCUGACUAUAAAAUUCUACAAAAGCAAAAUAAACUCUUGUCUUUGAUACAGAUUUUCGGGAAAAUUUCCAAUUCACAGGAUUUCGGACGUACCUAAUUUGAAUCGCGCAUCAAGAUUGUGAAAAUGCCGCUUUGCGGUUUUGCUGCUUUCAGAAGCGAAUUCCGAGAUUGAAAUUCACAAUAAAUCUUUCUUCGCCUUGGCGAAUUAUCGCGCGAGAUACACCGCGAAGAAAAGACAUAUCGUGACGCUGUCACGGUGCAACCGACUUUCUUGCGAGUCGCAUCGUGAUUGGAAAGCAAAUUCGAUUUUGUAUCGCGAUGUCGCUACGUAAAAAGAGAACUGCGAGUACCAUUGAGAAAAAUCAAACCGUUGCGACCUUAAAAUCCAUCGAAUUUUACAAUCUAAAAUUUUUAGACCUUUUAUCUUUAGAUCUCGCAGUUUUCGGGUAAGAAUAAUCGAUUUUCUCGCCUGUUACAUAAAUAAAUAACUGAAGAAACAAAAGAAUCAAAUUUUAAAUUCAAUUAGCGAAAAGAUGAAAAUUUUUCGAAGAUAUACGCGAUCUUUCGUUCCAUCGUUUUCGCCGCGCCGGAAAACUUGCUCGACUAUUUUCAGAACAUCCUGUAACUCGGAGACACAGAGUGCAAUUACGUAAAGGAGAACGCCUAAAGGCCAUAGGAGGGAUCUAUGCACCUUCGCAAGGUGCGACUGUUCUCGGCUGCAUCAACGUGGCAGUGCGAAUCGGCGACGCGAAGCGUGAAUUUGCAUUCGCGAUGAGUUCGUGGUUUCCGAUGGAAACGUUAAAAAUGUAGAGACCUCUGUACAUCUUUUAUCGUCGCACGAGCGAUGAAUUUUUGAUAAGAUAUUAAAAUUCGAAAAAAAUAUCCUCGUGACAAGAAUGAUAUAGAAAUGGAAGAGCGAACGGGAUAAUGACGGAUCUAGAAAGUGAGUUUAUUUCAAUACACAUUAAUUGUUCCUAUAUUUUUUCGAAAAUGCAAUAUAAUCGUGUGGUAUUAAUUUGAUCUAAACAACGAAAGUGUGGAUUUUAAGAAUAUCAAACGACAUAUGGAUUGGUGAGAUGUAUUUCGUGACAGUCGGAGAUUCCUCAGUUUUUGAAUUCUAUGAUUUUUACAUUCUCGAAUUUUCCGAUUCGGAAGUCUUCAGACUUUAAAUCUUCAGUUUUUUCGAAUUUUUACUUCUUUGAAUUGUCUUAGAAUUCUUAGAAUCUUUUCUUGAUAUUUAUAAUUAAUUGCAAUAAUAGUAAUAAAUUUUUUUAUUCUA